ACGGAGUAAUAGCGAAGAAGAAGCAGAACCAAUUUGACGCAAAACUUCACGAAUCCUCUUCUUCCUUCCGCCACUUCCUCUGAUUCGAGCUUAAUUGCCUCACUUUGAGUAAUCGUAAUUGCUCGACAGAUUCAAAUUGAGUCAGGAGAGAGAGAGAGAGAGAUGAUGAAUGAUGAAUCAGUGAAGCAGAUCACUAAAGCAGAGGCCGAAUAUGUUCUGAUGGAUCUUGGCGAUGUUGCGAGGCACAUUGACAUUCCAUCAAACGCUUCAUAUAUUUUAUCAGGAAUGGAUACUUUGAAUCCGGUAUUGACCAUUGAUGGGAAAUUCAAGCUGGUUGGAGAAUAUACAGAGACAAUUGGUACAUGCCUUGCUUUCUCUGAAAAGGAAGUUUCAGUGGGUGAAAACCAGAAGCCGCAGAAGAUUACCGAGACUGUUGGCAAACUCCACAAGAUUCUUAAGUUUCGGUUAGCAGCAUUCGAUAACGAGGAUGGAGAAACAAAGGCAACAAAUUCACUCAAAGAUUCUUCUGUUGAAGUCUUUGGAGACCAGAGUUUGUAGUCUAUAUGACACAAAGAACUGGUACUGGAUUACACAGCAACAAAAUCAAAAUCUUUCACACAAAGGAGACAAGCAAGCACACUCGUUUUUCAUCUCAAGAAUAAUUAAAUCUCUUCCGGGAUAUAUAAUCUGGUGUUUACUUCAGACAAAUGUUGCAAACAUCAAAGAUAUGUUGAUGUUAAUGUUGUUGAAUCUACUGAUCUGGAAGUUUAUCUUUCAGGUAGUUCAAGACUGCUUUUGUUCCUCUUUCUAGAAUUGGCCUCCUGAUGCUGUUUUAAGAAUGU